AUGAUGGCCCACGAUAGUAAAGAAGCUGGCCAAUUGCCUAGUCCAGCUUCUCACGAUAAUGAUUUGGACCUGGAGAAAUCAAUGCCACCUGAGUCACAGCUGGAGAAUGGGCGCAAUAAUUCUCGGGGUGGCGGGGAUGGGUCAAUGAGCUCUUCGAGUUCAACAUCGGCAGGUGGAGAGGAAUUCGAGGUGAAAUGGGAAGGCCAGGACGAUCCUGGAAAUCCUAGGAGUAUGAGUAAGUUCAGGAAAUGGUUGUGUACCUGGGUUGUGAGCUUAGGUAGUUUAUGCGUGACAUGUACUUCAUCAAUAUACACAUCUACCUAUCGUCAAGUAACCGCAGAAAUGCAUGUCUCUCAAUUGGUUGCAGUAUUGGGUCUAUCACUCUUCGUCGGAGGCCUAGGAAUUGGGCCCAUGUUCCUAGGGCCAAUGUCGGAAUUCUUUGGCAGACGUCCCAUUUAUUUAGUCUCCUUUACCUGCUUCACGAUAUUCCUGAUACCUUGUGCAUUGGCACCUCAUAUCGCAGUUCUACUCAUCUUCCGGUUCUUUGCGGGAAUGGCUGGAUCAGCAUUUUUAUCUGUUGCAGGUGGAACAGUUGGAGAUAUGUUUGCUGGUCCCGAACUGAGUGCACCAAUGAUGAUUUAUACUGCAUCACCUUUUAUUGGCCCUAGUUUAGGUCCAUUGAUAGGCGGCUUUAUAAACCAGCAAACUUCCUGGCGCUGGACAUUCUGGGUUCUAAUAAUCUGGUCCUUCUUCAUGCUCGCCUCCCUCUACUUCUUUGUCCCCGAAACGUACCACCCGGUCCUUCUCCGCCAGCGUGCCGUCGCCCUCCGCACCCAAACCGGUGACUCACGCUACCGGGCCUCCAUCGAGAAGCUCGACCGCUCCAUCACCAAGACCGUCCUCUGGUCUUGCACCCGUCCUUUCCAACUCCUCAUCCACGAGGCCAUGGUCUCUCUCCUAUGUACUUUCACUGCAAUCCUCCUCGGCGUUCUAUAUCUCUUCUUCCAGGCCUUCCCCCUCGUCUUCUCACACGUCUAUCACUUUGACCUGCAGAUGAUCGGCCUCACCUUCCUCGGCCUCCUAGUCGGCAUGGUCUCGGGCACUCUCUCGGACCCGCUCUGGGCCAAGAAUCGGAACCGUCUCGUUGCCAAGAACGGCGGUGUCUCAGAGCCAGAGUUCCGCCUUCCCCCAGCUAUGGCGGGUGCUGUUCUGGUCCCUGCCGGGCUGUUCUGGUUUGCGUGGACGACGGUGGAGGGCGUGCACUGGAUUGUUCCCAUCAUUGGGAGUGUGUUCUUCGGUAUGGGGACGCUGUUGGUGUUUUCGGGCGUCUUCACGUUUCUUGUCGAUGCCUACCCGCUGUAUGCGGCGUCUGCGCUUGCCGCGAAUUCUUUUGUCAGGAGUAGCUUUGCGGCUGGGUUUCCGCUGUUUUCUACGAUUUUGUAUCAGAGGUUGGGAUAUCAAUGGGCGAGCACGCUCUUGGCGUUUUUGACUAUCCUAAUGGCACCGUUUCCCGUGAUCUUUUUCAUUUAUGGGAAGCGGUUGAGGGGAAAGAGUCGGUUUGCGACUGUACAAAAUUAG